AUGAAUGGACAUCAUGCGACCCGGCCUUUGAAGGCGGGUAUCAACGUGCCCAUGGUCGCUUUCUUCCAUCCAGAUACCGAAGAUGUAGAUGUGGAAGCCACCGCAAAGCACGCAGUUAGACUUGCCAAGGCUGGACUGACUUCCAUCACCACGCAAGGUUCAAACGGAGAAGCUGUGCAUCUUACCAAGGAUGAACGCAUACAGGUUACAAGCGCCGCGCGUAAGGGUCUAGACGAGGCUGGAUUUUCCGAUAUGCCCAUCGUUGUCGGUUGUGCUGCACAGUCAGUAAGAGAAACCAUUGAUUUCUGCCGAGAUGCCUACAAGGCCGGAGGCGACUACGCUCUUGUUCUUCCACCUUCAUACUACAAGGCGUCAUACACCCAACAGUCAUUCAUAGAAUAUUUCCAGGAUGUCGCAACCGGAUCACCAAUCCCAAUCAUCAUCUACAACUACCCAGGGGCGGUUGCAGGUGUUGACCUUGACUCGGACACCAUUAUCAAAUUGGCCAAACACCCCAAGAUUGUCGGCUGUAAACUCACAUGUGGCAACACGGGCAAGCUCAGCCGAAUUGCCAACACGGUCAACGCAGCAACAGCCACGGAGACCAAUUCAGGUUGGAUGUGCAUUGGUGGUUCCGCAGACUUUACACUACAGACCAUGAUCGCUGGAGGAUCUGGAAUCAUCACCGGUCUAGGCAACAUUGUUCCCAAGGCCUGUGUCAAAGUGUUCGAUCUCUGGGCCAAGGGCGAAGUUGAAGAAGCAAAGAAGAUCCAGGCGAUAGUGGCUCGUGGUGACUGGGCGGUGAUCAAAGGAGGCGUCACAGGAACCAAGAGCGGACUGGAGUCAUAUUUUGGCUAUGGUGGUUAUGCCCGACGGCCACUGCCUAAGCCCAGCAAGGAGGACAUUGCUCAAACCGAGGCCCUUUUGAAGGAGGUGAUAGAGCUGGAGAACUCCCUUUAG